UUUGACGCAGGGGAGGCGCCGCGCCGCGCGGCAUGAGGGGCCCGCCGCCGCCGCCGCCGGCGGGAGAGCGGCGCGGGCGAGAGCGGCCGGCGGCGUGAGAGGGCUCGGCAGGACUUGCGUCCGGGGCCGCGGCGGUCGGAGCAGGUACCAGUGACCCCGGCCGGGAAGGUCCUGAGCGCUCGGCAACAUGGCUUCCCCGCCCCACCAGCAGCUGCUGCAGCACCACAGCACGGAGGUGAGCUGUGACUCCAGCGGAGACAGCAACAGCGUGAGGGUCAAAAUCAACCCCAAGCAGCUGUCCUCCAACAGCCACCCCAAGCACUGCAAGUACAGCAUCUCCUCCAGCUGUAGCAGCUCUGGGGACUCGGCGGGCGUCCCCCGGAGAGUGGGCGCUGGAGGCCGCCUGCGCAGGCAGAAGAAGCUGCCCCAGCUGUUCGAGAGGGCCUCCAGCCGGUGGUGGGACCCCAAGUUCGACUCGGUGAACCUGGAGGAGGCUUGCAUGGAGCGCUGCUUCCCGCAGACCCAGCGCCGCUUCCGGUAUGCGCUCUUCUACAUCGGCUUUGCCUGCCUUCUGUGGAGCAUCUAUUUUGGGGUCCACAUGCGGUCCCGACUGAUUGUCAUGGUAGCCCCUGCUCUGUGCUUCCUCGUCGUGUGUGGGGGCUUUUUUCUGUUUACCUUCACCAAGGUGUAUGCCCGGCAUUACGUGUGGACGUCUCUGGUUCUCACCCUCCUGGUGUUUGCCCUGACCCUGGCUGCCCAGUUUCAGGUUCUGACGCCUCUCUCAGGACGUGUUGACAGCUCCAAUCACACCCUCGCCACCAAGCCCACAGACACUUGUUUGUCUCAAGUGGGGAGCUUUUCCAUGUGCAUCGAAGUGCUCUUUUUGCUCUACACCGUCAUGCACUUACCUUUGUACUUGAGCUUGUGUUUGGGAGUGGCCUAUUCUGUUCUCUUUGAGACCUUUGGCUAUCACUUCCGAGACAAAGACUGCUUUCCCCCACCAGAAGCAGGGGCCCCACACUGGGAGCUGCUGAGCAGAGCCCUGCUCCACGUCUGCAUUCACGCCAUUGGGAUCCACCUCUUUAUCAUGUCCCAGGUGAGAUCCAGGAGCACCUUUCUCAAGGUGGGACAGUCAAUUAUGCACGGAAAGGAUCUGGAAGUGGAAAAAGCUCUGAAAGAGAGGAUGAUUCAUUCUGUGAUGCCAAGAAUCAUAGCUGAUGACUUGAUGAAACAGGGGGAUGAGGAGAGCGAGAAUUCUGUCAAAAGGCACGCCACCUCCAGCCCCAAGAACAGGAAGAAAAAGUCUUCCAUACAGAAAGCCCCUAUAGCGUUCCGCCCUUUUAAAAUGCAGCAGAUCGAUGAAGUCAGUAUUUUAUUUGCAGAUAUCGUGGGCUUCACCAAGAUGAGUGCCAAUAAGUCCGCUCACGCCCUGGUGGGUCUCCUCAACGAUCUGUUCGGUCGCUUUGACCGGUUGUGUGAAGAGACCAAGUGUGAGAAAAUCAGCACCCUGGGAGACUGCUACUAUUGCGUGGCAGGGUGUCCAGAGCCCCGGUCUGACCAUGCCUACUGCUGCAUUGAGAUGGGCUUGGGCAUGAUCAGAGCCAUCGAGCAGUUCUGCCAGGAGAAGAAAGAGAUGGUGAACAUGCGUGUCGGGGUUCACACGGGGACUGUCUUGUGUGGCAUUUUGGGCAUGAGGAGGUUCAAAUUCGAUGUGUGGUCCAAUGAUGUGAACUUGGCCAAUCUCAUGGAGCAGCUGGGAGUUGCUGGCAAGGUUCACAUUUCUGAGGCCACUGCAAAAUACCUAGAUGAUCGGUACGAAAUGGAAGACGGGAGAGUGACUGAACGGCUUGGCCAGAGCGUUGUUGCUGAUCAGUUGAAAGGUUUGAAGACAUACCUGAUAGCGGGUCAGAGAGCGAAGGAGUCUCGUUGCAGCUGUUCAGAGGCCUUGCUUUCUGGCUAUGAGGUCAUUGACGGCUCACGGGUGUCCUCAGGCCCUAGGGGACAGGGGACAGCAUCGCCAGGGAGUGUCAGUGACUUGGCGCAGACUGUCAAAACCUUUGAUAACCUUAAGACCUGCCCUUCGUGCGGAAUCACGUUCGCCCCCAAAUCGGAAGCUGGUGCAGAAGGAGGAGCGGUCCAAAACGGCUGUCAAGAGGAGCAUAAAAACAGCACCAAGGCUCCUGGAGCUCCUAAUUCCAAAACUCAAAAUGGACUUCUGAGUCCUCCCCACGAAGAGAAGCUCACCAACAGUCAGACCUCCCUGUGUGAGAUCUUACAGGAAAAGGGAAGGUGGGCAGGAGUGAGCUUGGACCAGUCAGCUCUCCUUCCACUGAGAUUCAAGAACAUCCGGGAGAAAACAGACGCCCAUUUUGUUGAUGUUAUCAAAGAAGACAGCCUGAUGAAGGAUUAUUUUUUCAAGCCACCCAUCAAUCAGUUCAGCUUGAACUUCCUGGAUCAGGAGCUAGAGCGAUCCUAUCGGACCAGCUAUCAAGAAGAGGUUAUAAAGAAUUCUCCCGUGAAGACUUUUGCCAGCGCCACCUUCAGCUCCCUCCUGGAUGUGUUUCUGUCGACGACAGUGUUUCUGAUUCUGUCCAUCACCUGCUUCCUGAAGUACGGGGCUGCUUCCAUGCCUCCCCCGCCCGCCGCCCUGGCCGUCUUCGGUGCCGCCCUGCUGCUGGAGGUGCUGUCCCUCGUGGUCUCCGUCAGGAUGGUGUUUUUCCUGGAGGAUGUGAUGGCUUGUACCAAGCGCCUGCUGGAGCGGAUAGCUGGCUGGCUCCCGCGCCAUUUCAUUGGGGCCAUCCUGGUGUCACUCCCUGCUCUCGCCGUCUAUUCACAUGUCACCUCUGAAUUUGACACCGACAUACACUUCACCGUGUUCGCGGGCUCCGCCAUCCUGACCGCUGUCGUGCACUACUGUAACUUCUGCCAGCUCAGCUCCUGGAUGAGGUCCUCCUUAGCCACCGUCGUCGGGGCUGGGCCGCUGCUCCUGCUCUACGUCUCCCUUUGCCCGGACAGUUCCGUAGUAAUUUCACACCUGGAUGUGGGACAGAAUUUCAGUUCCAAGGGGAAUCCGUGCAACAGUUCCUUGCCGCGUGACGGCAGAGCAGCCAGCCUGAUUGGCCAGGAGGGGGUUCUUGUCUUCUUUCUCCUGCUCUUGUUGGUCUGGUUCCUGAAUCGAGAAUUCGAGGUCAGCUACCGCCUGCACUACCACGGGGACGUGGAGGCGGACCUCCACCGCACCAAGAUCCAGAGCAUGAGGGACCAAGCUGACUGGCUGCUGAGAAACAUCAUCCCCUACCACGUGGCUGAGCAGCUGAAGGUGUCCCAGACCUACUCCAAGAACCACGACAGCGGGGGCGUCAUCUUUGCCAGCAUCGUCAACUUCAGCGAGUUCUACGAGGAGAACUAUGAGGGGGGCAAGGAGUGCUACCGCGUCCUCAACGAGCUCAUCGGGGACUUCGACGAGCUCCUGAGCAGGCCGGGCUACGGCAGCAUCGAGAAGAUCAAGACCAUCGGAGCCACGUACAUGGCUGCGUCAGGGCUGAACGGCGCGCAGUGCCGGGACGGCAGCCACCCGCAGGAGCACCUGCAGGUCCUGUUUGAGUUCGCCAAGGAGAUGAUGCGCGUGGUGGACGACUUCAACAGCAACAUGCUGUGGUUCAACUUCAAGCUCAGGGUGGGCUUCAACCACGGGCCGCUCACGGCGGGGGUCAUCGGCACCACCAAGCUGCUCUACGACAUCUGGGGCGACACCGUCAACAUCGCCAGCAGGAUGGACAGCACGGGGGUGGAGUGCCGGAUCCAGGUGAGCGAGGAGAGCUACCGCGUCCUGAGCAAGAUGGGCUAUGACUUCGACUACCGAGGGACGGUGAACGUCAAGGGCAAGGGCCAGAUGAAGACCUACCUGUACCCAAAGUGCACGGACAGCGGGGCCGUGCCGCAGCACCAGCUGUCCAUCUCCCCGGACAUCCGAGUCCAGGUGGACGGCAGCAUCGGGCGGUCUCCCACGGACGAGAUCGCCAACCUGGUGCCUUCUGUCCAGAGUGCGGACAAGACGCCUCCGGGUUCCGAAAACAACGUGCAGGCCAGGGAUGGUCACCUGUCCUCUAAGAGGCCCUGGAAGGAGCCUGUCAAAGCCGAAGAAAGGUGUCGAUUUGGCAAAGCCAUAGAGAAAAGCGACUGUGAAGAAGCGGGCGCUGAAGAAGCCAGCGAGCUCACCAGGCUCAACGUUUCUGAGAGCGUGUGACGCAGCGCCCGUCGCUGCCGCGGUGCUCUGCUCCUUGAAACCCAGUCACGUUUGUACUUGCCUGUUGUGCGUCCCGAGCACCACGGCCUCUGUCCCUGGACGUGGUGUCAUGUGGUCGUGGCAGCCCUGACGUCUGUGCGGACCACAGCUAUUCAGGGGUCGUUUCCAUCCGUCUCGUUCCUUUUCUUCCCCGGAGCCCUAUCCCCUGGGUGUGACCGUCCAGCAGCGUGGAGAACAAGUGCCUUCGGGGGCUGCCCGCGGCGUCUAGUCUGGGGACAGAGACCGCCGGUGGAGAUCAUGGCAUUGGGUAUUGCUGGACUUUUUAAACAGAAGCUGUGGUUAAGAUAGCGUUCUUACUGCUUUUCCUCACAAGACACUUUGGGUUUUUGUUUUGUCGUCGUUUGUGUUUUUGUUUUGUUUUGUUUUGUUUUUGCUAAUACAAUGUUUUUGCGGUUUA